AUGGAUUCCCGCAAAAGAUCCGACAAGAGCAAAACAAACAUUUCCGGGCUAGGGAGCAGCUCUCACAAUGACAUCGCUAUAGAAACAAAUAUCACUGGGCAGCUGAGCUCCGCUUUUGAUGUGCAAGUUACAUUGCCCAGAGACACCAGUCAUGGGAGGACCGAAAGAGGGGUCACUACUCUUGUGGGAGACGAUGAGAGGAGCUCUUCCAGCGCACGAGGAACCGCAACAGCCGAUGAAAACAAUCCAAAUGUUGACACUACGGAUAUGGACAUACCCAACGACAAGAACUGGGAUCUGAAAGUGCUUGUCAAGCCUACAGAUACAGGCAAGGAACACCUUAUUGACAUAGUUGCCGUUCACGGUAUUGGAGCCGAUCCAGGAGACACCUGGGUUCACAAGACUACUAAGGUCGACUGGCUGAAACACAAGGAUAUGCUCCCAAAACAGGCCCCGAACGCCCGUAUCAUGCGAUCUGGGUACAAUGCCAAGUGGUUUGGUAGCUCCAAUGAACAGCAUACCAAAACCUUCGUGCGUGAUGUGAGUGAAGGGUUACUCAAGCGUCUGAAGAUACUUCGAAAAUUACGUAAUUACCUCGUCUUUGAGUCGUCGGCCUGUCUUGACCCCUCAAAGGGAGUCACUCGCGCUUCACUUCAACGACACCAUUACAAUCUACAGAAGUUUGAAGGUCCUCAAGAUGCAGAGUGGAAAAUUGUCGCAGAGCACAUUAGCGUCCUGGCUCAGAAUGCUAGAUCGUUCUUGGAAACACGGGACAGAGUAAACUUCAAGCAAAAGGAAGAUGUUAGCUUUCAGGAACCCGUUGGCAUCUUGUGCGGUGAAGCGCCCUACAUCGCCUCCGAACUCUUCGUCGGUCGUGAUGACGAACUUGCUGAGAUCACACAAAUUCUACACCCUGAUCACAAAGCUCAAAAGCAACGGCGCCUAGUCCUUGGUGGUAUGGGUGGUAUUGGCAAGACCCAUCUUGCGAUUGCCUACGUAGAGUCCGGCCGCGGAUCUUAUGACUCAGUGUUCUGGCUUAAUGCGGUAUCUGAGGCCGCAUUGAACGGAAGUUUCCGAUCGAUAGCCUACCAAAUAUUCGCCGUUGAGGAGGAUGGAGUGUUAGGGGAUAAAGAGAUUGUGAGACGUGUACACCAAUGGCUAGGCUCCCCCAGAAAUACUAGGUGGUUAUUGAUCUUUGAUAACUACGACGACCCCGACCAGUUUCGGAUUGACAAAUUUUACCCCUAUGCUUCUCAUGGAGCUAUUUUGGUCACCACCAGACGGCCAGAUCUAGUUGCUGGGAUUACUCUUGACAUAAAGCGGUUGAAUAAUAUUAAGGAUAGCCUCGAAAUCCUGCAAACCCGAUCAAAACGAGACGAUAUUCAAUCAGAUCAUUAUGCAAAGCGCCUCGCAGAGCGACUUGGGGGUCUUCCUCUUGCUUUGGCUACCGCUGGGACGUAUCUUCGACAUAGUACCCUCACUUUCGAACGCUACCUUAAAGAGUACAACACACGCUGGAAUGUUGACCCCCGCCGGCCGGCUAAGCUUCUGGAGUACGAGGGUACACUCUAUACGACCUGGGAUAUACCAUACUCUCGCCUAGAGAAGGAAGAUCCAGACGCUGCGAAAUUACUGAAAUUACUGGCCUACUUUGAUAACCAGAGACUUUGGUACAAGCUUCUUCAUGCCGGACUUACCGAUAGUUCUCCCAAGUGGCUGAAGAGAGUGAUCACAGAUGACGUGGACUUCCAUGGAGCGAUGAGAAUCCUGGCCGGCUACUGUUUCCUAGACGUUCACAAGGAGUCAUGGAGUAUGCAUAACUGCGUGCAUGACUGGACAUUAGCAACACUCAAUAAGGAUAUCAACGCAAAUCUUUAUUGGUACGCCUUUGACUGUGUUUCUGCGUCUAUAAAUGUUGAUAGGGCGCAUGAUUUUGCAAACCUCUCUUACUCUCCCUUAGCUGCUCAUGCCACGCGCCUAGUACAACAGCGCUUGUACCAGAACGACGUCAUAUAUGAUGUUAUACCGCGUCGGCUCGACCAAGCUUUGCUGAUCGCCGGGCUACUUCGAGAGCAAGAACUUCUUCUUGCUAGUGAGAACAUAUACCAGCGGGCACUAGCUGGGAGCGAGAAAGAGCUCGGACCGGGCCAUAUAUCGAUCCUUAACACUGUUAGCAAUCUCGGAGUUCUAUACUGGAAGCAAGGCAAACUAGACCAGGCAGAGACAAUGUGCCAGCGGGCGCUAGCUGGGAGCGAGAAAGAGCUCGGACCGGACCAUAUAUUGACCCUCGGCACUGUUCACAAUCUCGGAGUUCUAUACUGGAAACAAGGCAAACUAGACCAGGCGGAGACAAUGUAUCAGCGGGCGCUAGCUGGGAAGGAGAAAGCGCUCGGACCGGACCAUAUAUCGAUCCUUAACACUGUUAGCAAUCUCGGAGUUCUAUACUGGAAACAAGGCAAACUAGACCAGGCAGAGACAAUGUACCAGCGAACGCUAGCUGGGAAGGAGAAAGCGCUCGGACCGGACCAUAUAUUGACCCUCGGCACUAUUCACAGUCUCGGAGUUCUAUACUGGAAACAAGGCAAACUAGACCAGGCGGAGACAAUGUAUCAGCGGGCGCUAGCUGGUAUGAAGAAGAAGAAUACCGAUACUUGCUUCUUGCAACGAUGA